AUGCGUCGGGCAACGAUUUUGUGUGCCAGUUGGAUGCCAUUUUCGCAACCUGCCAUCACGCAGGCGCUGCAGGAGCUGCAAGGGUGGCGCAUGGAGGGCAACAUGAACAAGGGCGCGAUCUGUCGUGAUUUUGAGUUUCGUGACUUCAAACAGGCGAUGGCGUUUAUGAACGCCGUGGCUGUCGACUGCGAGAGGAUGGAGCACCACCCGAGCUGGACGAAUACUUACAACAGGCUCCAAGUGCAACUCACAACACAUGGCUCGGGGAACCGUGUCACACAAAAGGAUAUCGAUCUUGCGCGUAGGAUGAACGACGUGUUUAGAGAAAUUUCAGUUUCCCAGUGA